ACUCUCGUGUCCCUCACUUGCUUAGAUUAGGUUGAAAUUACAUAUUUAUCCCCACACCCUCUCUGUCAUCUUGAGCCCUUCUUCUUCUUCCCGAGUCUCCCCUAUCUCUCCUCUCAAACGCUCCACCACCUUUUCAAGGUAGUUCGAACCCAAGUGUUAAGUUUGUUAUCAGAUAGUACAGAAAAGAAAGAAUGGCGUGGAGAGGCCAAUUAUCUCGAAACCUCAAAGAACUACGAAUUCUGUUUUGCCAAAAAUCCGAUUCGAGUGCCUCCGCUAGGUCAUUCGUGGAGAAAAAUUACAAGGAUCUCAAGACGUUAAACCCCAAAUUCCCAAUCCUUGUCCGUGAAUGCAGUGGGAUUGAGCCCCAGAUGUGGGCUAGAUAUGAUAUGGGCGUGGAGAGGGGCAUUCGCUUGGAAGGUUUGACCGAGCCUCAGAUUUUGAAGGCACUAGAAGACCUUGUGAAAGCAGGGGCAUCCCUCAAAGCCUAAUAAUAUUGCUGCUAUUGAAUCGAAUGGUUGUGAAAUAAAUUGAUAUCCACCAGAAAUUGCUUCCUUCGUUGUUGUUCCUCUAUUUUCCAGCUAUCAUGCUGAUGUUGAAGGAUGGUUGUUAAAAAUUUAGUACUUUUGUGUUGUUCUCUUGCCAUUUUGAGGUUCAAACACAGCAGAAACUACCCUUUGAAUGCUUCUGUUAUUUCCCUUUCUCCUCUCAUCUUACAUGUUUAUUAUGAAAAUCAUCAUCAGUAGCCAAUAGUAUAAAUGAAGGUGGCAUUUGUAUUUCAGAA